AUGCGUCGCACUAUUGCUUGUCUGGCUGCCAUCUUAUCCUGCGCUCCCCUGACCUAUGGGAGAGCGCCUUUUGGUCCUUGGGACACGUUCAACUAUGCCCCGCCGUCGAAGACGGUCUUUCCCCGAUCGAUUCGCUCUAUCGUAGGUGAUGUAUCGCAAGCGGGACAUCUCGUUACCCAUGGAAAGGGAGGUGCUACCUUCCAUGGCAAUGGUUCCUAUGUUGUACUUGAUUGGCUGCAGGAGUACGGGGGACGUUUGUCGCUGCAUAUAGACAAAGCGACGCCCCAAUCCGCACUUUCCCUCUCUUUCAGCGAAUCCCCUCAGUUCAUUAGUCCCCUUCGCUCCGAUGACUCUUGCCAUUCCAUACCGACUAUGGAUGGCGACGGCGUUCAAUCUUUACCUCAACCUCUUACUGCAGGCCGAUUUACCCAAACUAUAGGACAGCAGAGAGGAGGUUUCCGCUAUCUCACCAUUGUCUCCAACUCUGAUGCGCCUGUGACUAUUUCUGACAUAUCCCUAAGCAUCACCUUCAUGCCACAUUUCGACGAUCUGAGGGACUAUUCUGGGUACUUCUCUGCAGAGGAUCCAUCAUUCCACGACAAAGAUUUCCUCACGAAGUUGUGGUACGCGGGAGCGUAUACGGUACAGACGAAUACUUUCGACGUCAAUGAAGCUCGCCAACAACCUUGCCCAGCUCAGGGAUGGGCGAACAAUGCGUCAGCUGGCCCCGUCGAAGGGCCCGUGCUAGUAGACGGUGCUAAGAGAGACAGAAAUAUAUGGCCAGGGGAUAUGGGGAUAUCCACGCAUACGGAAUUCGUCUCGACGAACGAUAUGUUACCUACCAAGAACUCUCUCUUGGUGAUGUUUUCGACCCAAGAUCCUUCAACCGGUGCUUUGCAAUAUUCCGGCCCGCCAAUCAAUGCACAUGGGAGUGCGACGUACAUUGCCUGGUCCCUUAUCGGCACGCACAGUUACUUCCUGUACACCGGGGACCUGGACUUAGUGAAGACUGUUUGGGCAAAUUACACAAAGGCCUUGGAUUUCUUGCAGAGUCAUGUCGACGAACUAGGGCUUAUGAAUGUCCCUGUCGAAUUUCAGAACGAUUGGGGAAGGGAUGGAGGCUCAGGACAUAAUUCCGCGAUGAAUGCUCUCCUUUACCAAACUCUAGUCACAGGCGCCGAUUUAGCUUCCCAUCUAGGCGACGAGCAACUCUCUGCCAGCUUCUUACAAAACAGUACCGCCAUCAAGGCGGCAUUCAACCGCGUGCUCUGGGAUUCAGAAGCAGGCAUGUUUCGCGAUAACGAAACCAGUACCCUCUUCCCACAAGAUGGCAACUCGCUUGCAGUUCUGUACAAUGUCACCGAAACCGAGGAACAGAACCAAGCCAUCAGCAGUGGCCUGACACAAUUCUGGACCGAUAUAGGGCCGGUAAGUCCGGAGCUCGAUGACACGAUUAUCCCAUUUGUAGGUGGAUUUGAGGUGCAAGCACACUUCGUCGCAGGACAAGGCGAACGAGGACUGGAUCUCCUUCGUAAAGAGUGGGGGUAUAUGCUUUACACCAACCUCAGCGUCCAAUCUACCUUACUCGAGGGCUUCACCAAGAACGGCUCUCUCGGAUAUCGCAGCGCCGCCGGAUACAACUUCGACCACUCUUACACCAGCCAUGCCCACGGCUGGGCCACGGGUCCCACUCCUGCGCUCACUUUCUUUAUUCUCGGACUGACGAUCACCUCGCCCAAAGGUGCCACUUGGUCAGUUGCGCCUGUGCUCGGCGACCUUAAGGCUGCUGAAGGGGGUUUCGAGACCGCAUUGGGGUGGUUUGGCGUCAAGUGGACACUGAGGAACCGUGUAUUUGUCCUCCAGAUAUCGACACCUAGGGGCACGAACGGUAAAGUGAGGCUUCCCGGGUUGGGAAAGGUAGAGUUCAACGGAGUAAUGCACGAUGGGCUGCAGGAGAUGAGAUUGGAUGGCGGGGACCACACUUUCACUCAGAAUUUGGGCAACUAA